UCAUAAUGGUCGUUUGACACUUGGCGCUGGUAAACGGCAGCAGCUCUCUAGAGCACAGCAGAAAAUGCUGCUUCAGUAUUAUUCUGAUCAUUAUCCGCUUGUCGAAAUCGUUGACAUUUCGACGAUGUCACCACAACAAGGUGCAGUCUUCCUCACCACAACCGUUUAUGUUCAUGAUUAUCUCGUGCUCGAUGGACGUCGCAUCACACCGUCACGAGGAGUGGGAUGGAAAGCUCCUAAUUCUAUCAUCCAAAUCAAUCUCGGAAACACGCGCUAUGUUGGCGAGCUUCGCGCCAUCAUCACACAUCGACAGGUUAAUAUUCAAGAAUCUCAGCACUUGGUACAUGUUGAGUGGUUCAUUGACUUAGCCAAUAUGGAUACAAGUGCAUGGGAACCUUAUCCUGAGCUGGAGGUCAAGUUCUGGGAGUAUAAUACCUAUCAAGAUCCUCUAGUAUCUGGCCCGCCGGCACUCAUUCCAGCAUCAUACAUCCAGUCUCAAGCAUGCCGUGUGACGAUUAAGAAGUUUCCGGUGCGGCCGCAAGGAUAUGAGACCGGCGACUCAGAUAAUGCCAGACACGAAAAUUCUGCAUCGGUGCCUCGCAAGAUUUGGGCUACAACGGGCUUAACAAGAAGGCCCUCAACCUCACUGUCUACGCCCUCACGCUCAUUGUUCAUGUGUUCGCUGUUAACAUCUUCACCCUCCUCCUGCUCCUCUCGUUCUGAUGAUGAAGACGAAGAUGAUGAGGAUAUCUCAACAUCAGUAGGCUCGUCUUCAAAGCCAG